CCUUUGUUUCCCGCCCCCUCCCCCUUCCGUGCCUUCCUUCCUUCUCCUUCCUUUGCUCUGCUUCUUCCUAGGGCUGCAGAGCAAGGAGGCCGGGCUGGAGAGGAAGUCAAGUAUGUCAUAGCAGGGGAGGAGGGUUUCCACGACUGCUAGUUUUACAGAGGAAAACUCAACCCAAGCACCAAAGCACACACACAGCAAGAGAGCGGAAGAACAGAAAGACAUUCCUCAGGGAGCUGAGCUCUCAGAGCAGUGAAGCUUCGCUUGGCCGGUACCUCAGUGGCUGGAGAUUCAAGAUUAGCCGUUAACUACUUUGAUUUCUUGGACCUCUGAAUUGGGGCAGCACACAAGGUCAACAUGGCCAUGCCAGAAAAGUCAAGUUGUGUCAAACCAUCUGAGGAUUGCAGCAAUUUUCCUGAGAUUAUUGAACUCAAUGUAGGUGGCCAGGUAUACAUAACUCGCUACCCUACUCUGAUCAGCAUUCCUGGUUCCCGGCUCUGGGAAAUGUUUAGUGUAAAGAACCCUUGCUCCCUGAUCCAGGACAACAAAGGGAGAUUCUUCAUAGAUCGAGAUGGUUUUCUCUUUCGUUAUGUCCUAGACUACAUGAGAGAUCUGCAGGUAGUGCUUCCUGACCACUUUCCAGAGUGUGGCCGGCUCCAUAGGGAAGCAGAAUACUUUAAGUUGCCAGAACUGGCCAAGAUGUUGGCCCUUAAAAUGAACAAGCUCAGCUCAGUUGGCAACGACUCAUGUCAAAUUGAUCUGGAAGAGCUUUCCCCCAGCAUCGACACCACUUUUAAUUUCUCUUCAACUAAUACCAUUCAUAUCAGUGGCCCUGAUAAUUCCCUGGUUCUGACAGCUGCCACUGGUUCUGAGCUCAAGAAGGCUGGCUUCAUCACUAUUGGUUAUCGAGGCUCCUAUACUCUGGGCAGGGACAGCCAAACAGAUGCCAAAUUCCGCCGUGUGGCCAGAAUCAUGGUGUGUGGUAAGAUCUCCUUAGCCAAAGAAGUGUUCGGCGACACUCUGAAUGAGAGCAGAGACCCAGACCGCCCUCCCGAGCGAUACACUUCUCGAUACUACCUCAAAUUCACUUUUCUGGAACAAGCCUUCGACAAACUAGCUGAUGCUGGCUUCCACAUGGUAGCAUGCAACUCCACUGGCACCUGCACUGUAACACACGACCAAACAGAUGACAGGAUCUGGACCUCUUACACUGAAUACGUUUUUUAUCGUGAGUGACACUUAAAAAUCACCCAGGAAAUACAAACGCCCAAACAGUCUCCCUCCUCUGUUCCCAUACCAACUGUAUCCUUUAGAAAUAGACACACUAAUCCCUCUAGGCUCCUGAGUGUUCUGUAUAAUCUUGGACAAUGCCACUUCUCUCAUCACAGCCACUUGAACCUUUGUUGGUUUUCUUCUUGUACAUCAUUCCAGUCUGUCUGUAUACCAACCUUCUCUGGCUGUGGAGUGGAUGCCAUUCAAUUAAAGGUGUGCAUCAGGAUAGAUAGGAGAGGUGUAUUUCUGGAGUGAAUGCAAUUAAAUAUAACCACGGAGCUAAAAGCGUUGAGAAAUAUUAAGCCAUGGCUUCCAAGCUGUUUCUUAGUAACACACAUUGAACUUGAUUAUGUACCUUGCUACUUGUAUUCCCCUAGGUAAAACUCUGUAUUGCUGAGCGACAGAUUACAGUAGGAAGUGUGCAUGUGCUUUGCAGACAUUUUACCACGCUGAGUUGAACUUGACAACAGUCCUCUAGGAGGUUCAUAGAAAGGUCGACCAAUUCUAAAAUUACUAAGGACUUUUGAUAGAAGCUAGGCAAACAAUUGUAUGACUAUUAUUUCUAAGAAUAAAAGGCUUAGCACUUAAUUUGCUCUCACGCGAAGAAUAUAGUAAGGAGGCGUAUCAUAGCUAUUACCUCUGUCAUAAACAGCGGUACCAUUAAAAAAACUGUCCUAAAAAAGCUUUCAUUAGAAUUAAAGGCAAGCAUAUGCAGGGAAGAGAAUGAUGGGCACCUUUGUGUAAGUAUAUGCAUAGAUUAAUUUGUUGGCUGUUCACUAGUCAAAUAACUGGCUGUACCUAUCAAUUGUUCACUUGUUUAUGUUUUUUGACAGAGUGUGAGUGUGUGUUUCAUUUUUCUGGAGGUGGGGAUGGGAGAAGGGGAGAAGAAAGAGGGAAAACAAGGAAAGAACUAAAAAAAAAGAAAACCCUGAAAUUAAUCUUCUGACUCCCUGCUGAUGACUUUUUAACCAAACAGGUUGAAAGAAAGUGUUCAUUCUCAUAUGAAAACAUCAGGGAUCUAAGAUAAGUGAUUGAAUUACAAAAGACUGUAAACCAAGUUAAGAAAAAGAAUUUGUUAGGGCUCAUUUCAAAGGAUCUUCAUCGCCCUUGGGAAAAGUUUUCCAGCAACGGAACGGAAGUCUGAUAGCCUUGUCUCUCCUUAUUUUACUCUGCAAAUUGUUAUUGUUCUCACUGUCUUUUAAUUCAUUCUCUAGUCAGGUCUUUUUGAGUUGUAAAAAAGCUAAAACCCACAUAAAGUAGCUUGAAAAAAGAUUUAAAAGGAGGCUGGAGAGAUGGCUCAGCAAUUAAGAGCACUGGCUGCUCUUCCAGAGGACCUGGGUUCAGUUCCUAGCACCCACAUGGCAGUUCACAACUGUCUUAAACUCCAGUUCCAGGGGAUCUGGCACCAUCACACAGACAUACAUCCAGGCACAAGACCAACACACAUAAAAUAAAAGUAAAUAAAUCUUUAAAAAGACUUUAAAAUGUGCAUAUGUCAGUGGUGUGGCUGAGUAUUUUAAGCUCACAUUUAUUGUAUUUUUUCUGUUGAGUCUAAAGGAAGGAAAUGUAGUCAAAUAAAGUUUCAGAGGCUCUGGAGAGCUGUCAAUAGCUGAUAUUCUCUGUUGUCUGUAGCUAGAGUUUUCCUGCCUGGCCCACAGUCAGGACAAAUCUCUCUCACCUGCCAGUCCCACAGCCACUCAGACCCAAACAAGUAAACAGAGACUUAUAUUGCUUACAAACUGUAUGGCCGUGGCAGGCUUCUUGCUAACUUUUCUUACAGCUUCAAUUAAUCCAUUUCUAUAAAUCUAUACCUUGCCACAUAGCUCAUGGCUUACCGGCAUCUUCACAUGCUGUUUGUCAUCAUGGCGGCUGGCAGUGUCUUUCUGACUCAGCCUUCCACUUCCCAGCUUUAUUCUCCUCCUUGUCAUGCCUACACUUCCUGCCUAGCCACUGGCCAAUCAGUGAUUGAUUUAUUGACCAAUCAGCAACACAUUUGCCAUACAGAACAUCCCACAGCAGUUGUCUCUCAAGGGCCAUAUGAUUUUCCUCUGAUCAUCUCCAGGGUUCAUUAAUUUUCUAUUUCUCCAUGCAGUUCACUUUCUUUUCCACAAUUUAUAGCUGGCCUAAACAGUAUGUCAUGAAUUUGAAGCCAUCUUCUCCAUUCUUUUGUUGUUGUUAUCAUUUUGGUUUUUGUUUUUUUGAGACAGGGUUUCUCUAUGUAGCCCUGACUGUGCUGGAACUCACUCUGUAGAUCAGGCUAGCCUUGAACUCACGGAGAUCCACCUGCCUCUGCCUCCCGAGUGCUAGGAUUAAAGACGUGCACCACCACUGCCCAGCUGUAUUUCUUUAUACACAUAUGUAUGUAAAUCAAUAUAGAUGUAACAAUCCUAAUUAAAGAAGACGAUAUUAUGAACUUGGGAGGGAGUUGGGAGGAUACAGGAAGAGUUGGGGGGAAGGGAAAGGUGGGAAUGAUGUAAAUACAGUACUCAUGUACGAAAUCUAAAAAAAAAUUAAAAAUCUGAAUAAUAAAGAUUAUGUAUACCCAGUCUA